AUGGCAUCAGGUGCCGACUCCGGCGCUGAGGGAUCCAAGCCUACUAGCCCAUCCGGCCCAGCAGGCGGCUCAAGCUCUGCCCUGCGUCCAUCUUCCCCUACUCCUCCAGGGGGCCCACGAACAGCCCUCCGCCGCCGUGCUGCUGCAGACCACAAGGAGUCCGUACGAAAUGCGCGCCCAGCGUCAACCAGAGCUGCCGGAGCCGGCGGUUCGUCUGGUACCAUGCUCAAGUUGUACACCGAUGAGAGCCCAGGACUGAAGGUUGACCCUGUUGUUGUAUUGGUUUUGUCUCUUGGGUUUAUUUUCUCUGUUGUCGGGCUUCAUGUUAUUGCAAAGAUCACUCGCAAAUUCUCUUCGUAA